AUGUCAGAAUUCCGAGCUCCUCCUCUUGACGUAACCUCUGUGCUCCAUGGGGGUAUUCACCAUCCUGUAGCUAGAUCAUGGCAAAACAAUGGAAGAAACUUGACAAAAUCGAUGUUCAUCUACCCCAUCUUCAUCUCCGACGAUCCCGAUGCUGAACAAGUUAUAGCCACCCUUCCUGGGCAAAAGCGAUGGGGAAUAAAUAAGCUUGAAGGAUUUAUCGGUCCAUUGAUCAAGAAAGGUUUGAAAGGUGUGAUCUUAUUUGGUGUCCCUAUGCAAAUGGAAAAGGACGCUCGUGGAAGCGCAGCAGAUGAUCCAUCAACCCCUGUCAUUCAAGGUCUACAGCUUCUCAGCAAACUCUUCCCUCAACUCAUGCUCACUGUCGAUGUAUGCCUAUGUGAAUACACCUCUCAUGGACAUUGUGGUAUUUUGUCUUCAUUACCUAAUCCAGGCCACUCCAACCAACCUACCAUCGAGCCGGAGCCUUCAGCGCAGAGAAUUGCAGAAGUCGCAGUGGCUUAUGCUAAAGCCGGUGCUCAUUGUGUCGCUCCCAGCGAUAUGAUGGAUGGUAGAAUCAAAGCAAUCAAACUAGGUUUGAUGCAUGCUGGUUUAGGAAAUAGAUGCACUCUGAUGAGUUACUCGGCUAAAUUUGCUAGUGGUUUAUAUGGUCCUUUCAGAGACGCAGCUGGUAGUGCGCCUUCUUUCGGUAACAGGAAAUGUUACCAACUUCCCCCCAAUGCUCGAUCCUUGGCUCGACGUGCUAUCAAACGAGAUGCGAAUGAAGGUGCAGAUAUCAUAAUGGUUAAACCAGCUUUACCAUAUCUUGACAUCAUAUCUGAUUGUGUGACUUUCGCUCCUGAUCAUCCAACGGCAUGUUAUCAAGUCUCAGGAGAAUACGCAAUGGUGGUCGCCGGGGCAGAAAAAGGAAUUUACGAUUUGAAGGAAAUGGCUUUUGAGACUACUGAAAGUAUGGUAAGAGCAGGUGCUAGUAUCAUUUUAUCCUAUUUCACUCCUCAAUUCCUUGACUGGUUGGAUGAAGAUCGAUAG